AGCACAGAAUCCGGCAUGCAGCCGGAUUCUGAAAAUCUUAUUUUGCAAAAUUCUAAUAUUUUAAUUCCUUCAAAGUUUUCAAAAGGACAUGUUGACACUACUGAAGAGGACGAGAAAUUGCAAUUUCUGAUGCAAAAUCAUGUAUGUUUAUGUUUGUUUCUGGGUAAUGCUUAUUUACCUUAUUUUAAAGCAUGA